AUGGGCUUGGGCUUUCAGAUAGACACUUCCCUGAAGAGGAUAUUCCAACGUAUCACCCGAAUGCAGAACUUGUUACUGACUAUUCAAUGCGUUCAAACGUAUACAGAGCCGUACCGUAUGCGCAUCGCCGAGGACUUUGACGGCGGCGACGCUAAUGUUUUGAGUGUAAAAGAAGGCGAGAUAGUGUGGGUGCUGUUAGACAUCGACCCGCAGUGGUGUACUGUAGCGCAUGAUGAG